GCCCCCCCCCCCCAAAAAAAAAAGGUAUCACUAUUGUGCAGAUCUUGCAACAUGUAUUUUGUGCAUUUUAGUUGGCCCGAUAAAAGCAUAAUUAUUUUCUGGAUGUUGUUGUAGUCAAUAAAUCAGUAAAGUCAAGCAGCCUUGUUCUUUGCCUGUGGGCCCCCUUUCCCUGCUGCCCUCUGGCUGGAACACAGCAGGCUUAAAAAAAAAAAAGAAAGCCUUAAGCUGUGACUGUAUGCCUGUUUUCCUGACUGUGUCCAGCCCUCUUCCACCUCCCCUUUCUCAGUCGCCUGCUUCUUUUUUCCAUCUGAGUUUUGCCCUGUGUGUGUGCUGGCUGGUGCAUCUCCUUGUCAAACCAGGAGACCCAGGUUGCUCUGGAAGUGGAGGAGAUCUAGGAGUGGACAUUUGAGAAGCAAAGAACAGGGUCAUUGGACCAGGAGAAGGAAGGAGGAGAAUUUUCUGCAUUCUUUCAUUAAUGAGAAGCAUUAGCUUGUAAUAACUAUGGCCAGAUUUGCAGCUCUCGGAUUCCUAUUUCUUUUUCAUCUUUUGGCUACCUCCUCAGCUCAGAGACCAGGACUAAGAGGCCCCGUUGGACCACGAGGACCCCCAGGAGCACCUGGCAAGGAUGGCAUAGAUGGAGAGCCCGGCCCACCUGGCUUGCCUGGUCCACCGGGACCAAAGGGGGCACCAGGAAAAGCUGGGAAACCAGGGGAUCCAGGUUUACCUGGACUUCCAGGAGUGGAUGGAUUAACAGGAACUGAUGGCCCACCUGGGCCAGUUGGACCACCAGGAGACAGAGGUGCGAUUGGGCCUGCGGGGCCAAGUGGACCAGCAGGCAAAGGACUCCCUGGACCUCCAGGACCUCCUGGCCCCAGUGGGCUCCCAGGUGGAAACGGGUUACAAGGGCCACCUGGACCAUCUGGACUUCCGGGCUUUGCUGGACCACCAGGCCCUCCAGGACCACCAGGAGUUCCUGGAGUCCUUCCUGAUGGCAAUGGUGAUAUUCAGUGUCCAGCUCUCUGUCCCCCUGGACCUCCAGGUCCACCAGGAGUACCAGGAUUCAAGGGGCAUACUGGUCAUAAAGGAGAACCUGGGGAAGUAGGUAAAGAUGGUGAGAAGGGUCCACCUGGACCCCCAGGUCCUGCAGGACCUCCAGGACCUGUUGGCUUGCAGGGAUCCCGAGGAUUAAGAGGCCUCACUGGGCCAGUUGGACCUCCUGGAGACAGGGGAUCCAUAGGUUUCAGAGGGCCACCAGGAAUCCCAGGGCCUCCAGGAAAAGCGGGACCUCGUGGAGACAGAGGACCUCAAGGUUUCCGAGGGCCAAAAGGAGAUACUGGUAGGCCUGGACCAAAAGGAACACUGGGGACUGCUGGGCCCAUAGGAGAACCUGGCAUGCCUGGAAAAGAUGGGAGAGAUGGAACCCAUGGACUCGAUGGUGAGAAGGGUGAUGCUGCUCGUUUUGGUGUUCCUGGAGAAAAGGGACCAAAUGGACUACCUGGUUUACCUGGAAGUGCAGGAAUGAAAGGUGAAAAAGGUCAGCCAGGCAAUACUGGAGAGAUGGGAGAAUCCGGUCCUUCAGGAGAGCCAGGUAUACCUGGAGAGCGUGGUAUCCCUGGAGAGAGAGGUGACCCUGGCCCAAGAGGAUCUUCUGGAGCAAUUGGACUACAAGGCCCCAUGGGAGCACCAGGUGUGAGAGGUUUCCAGGGUCGGAAAGGUGCAAGUGGAGAGCCUGGCCUACCAGGUCCCACUGGUCUCCGUGGAGAGUCUGGUGAGAGGGGUCCUACUGGAGUUUCUGGACCCAAAGGUAAUCAGGGCAUUGCAGGAGCAGAUGGCCUGCCAGGUGAUAAAGGAGAGCUGGGUCCUUUUGGCCCAACUGGACAAAAAGGAGAGCCAGGAAAACGGGGCGAGCUGGGCCCUAAAGGAGUCCAGGGACCAAAUGGAACAGUUGGUGUGCCAGGAAUUCCAGGACAUCCAGGCAAAAUGGGUAUACAAGGAGAACAAGGAGUCCCUGGGAUUACUGGGAAACCUGGCUCACCAGGGAAAGAAGCCAGUGAGCAACAUAUACGAGAACUCUGUGGUGGAUUGAUCAGUGAGCAAAUUGCCCAGUUAGCUGCUAACCUAAGGAAGCCUCUGGCUCCUGGACUCACAGGGCGCCCUGGGCCUGCUGGUCCGCCAGGCCCGCCCGGGGCAACAGGAAGUGUCGGACAUCCUGGUGCUCGUGGCCCCCCUGGGUACAGAGGGCCAACUGGGGACUUGGGCGAUCCUGGUCCUAGAGGUGACUCUGGUGAAAGGGGAGACAAAGGUGCCAUUGGCAAAGGCAUUGAUGGACCUGAUGGAGACCAAGGUCCUCAAGGACCACCAGGUGUUCCUGGAACUAGUAAAGAUGGUCGGGAUGGUGCUCCUGGUGAGCCUGGAUUGCCGGGAGAUCCUGGACGACCAGGUGCCACUGGGGUUCAGGGAACUCCAGGAGUCUGUGAUACAUCAGCCUGCAUGGGAGCUUCCGUUGCUGGAGGGAAAUCCAAAAAGUCAUAAAAUCACAUCUAAAAGGAGCUGGAAAAGGGAACUGAAUAUUUAAUUGAAUUGUUUAUACAUGAAGAUGGAAAUACUCUUCUAUUUUUUAAAAAAAAAUGGAGGGGGCAGUUCUCCUGUAAAAAUGCGUUAAAUGGACUUUGACAAUAUAUUUUAGUUCCAAUGAACAAGAAAUCAGCAGAUGGAAACGUAUACAAUAGUAUGUCCCCUACAAUUUGUUUCCUAUUUUCAUUACAAUAUUGUUUGUUGCUUGCCCCACUAAAGAGAUACCCCUUGGUUCCUGAAGUGUGAAGUACUUUCUGUUUAACAUGCCUCCCAGACCCACACAACUGAGCCAAGUUCCUAACAUUUUUUAUAAUGGCUUGCCUUGGUGCUAGUUCGUUUUAACAUUAAAUUCCAUUAUCCUUCAGGGCUCUAAUCCAACCAUAUACAAAUGUAGCUGUCAAGGCUGCGUGCACUGAUCUGAUCACCUCCUUGGACAAAUAUUAAUGGUAUUUAUUAUGUCUUUAAAGGUGUGCACUCAUAGCCCCAUCAGCUGGUCAUGGACAGAAAUUACACGCACAUCACCUGUCUCUUUAUCCGGCUUUGGACAAAGGAUCGAAACAUACAUGUCCCUAGUUGAAUUGGGGCAAGUAAGUGUAUAAAUAGAGAGCUAAGUAAAACAGAGUUCAUAUAGGCAGAAUCCUGGACUAGGCUGAAUGCUCAUUUGAAUGUAGACAAUCCCACAACCAUCUUUUGGCAUACACAGUGGUGUUUUCCCAGGGUGUUGUGCCAACAGUAGUUCUUUAUGCUGUUUCAGAAGUCAUGUCAGAGGUUUACCUGAGUCUUUUUGUGUGUGUGGCGUGUCUCAAAAGCAAAGGGAACUGUUAAAUGGAGGCUAGGGGCACAGAAAAUGCCACUGGGCCAUAUUUCUUAAAUAUCUGCUACAACUAAAAAAGAAUGUUUUCCAAAUUGACUCUGCAUGUGGAACACUAUAUCUAUUUUACAGGGGAUAUUUUUCCAUAUUACCAUAUGGGAAAUUCUGUAUUGAUAUUUGAUACCCUCUGCACACUGUUUGUAAGAACCGUACAUUACAGGAAAUUAUAAUUACCUCCUAAAUAGCAUGUGCAUUGUUGUAAAAAUUAUUUUGGUAACAUUGUACCUAACUGUUUGAUAAUAGGGUUGUUUUGCCAGUUCUAUUAUUUCCCCUGCUGGUUGGAAAUAAAAGUGCUACACAAGUGUGAA